GUGUCUUCCUUCCCGUUGUUUUUAGUGCUUGCUGCUGAGGGUAAUUUACUUGUUAUUGUUAGCAAGCUGGUUCUUCCACAAACACACAGACAGAUGAAAGUGCACUGACAGACGCUUCAAAUACGUGAUAGGGAAGCACGUCCACGAGUGAGCAACGAUCAAAACUGAACAGACGGAAAUAUGAAUGAUGCGGAUUCAGCCACGAGGAAGCACGCGAGUUCCCGAGAGCUACAGACACCCAAGAAUGAGGAUGCCUAUGAAAUCUCCAUUCCCUUUGAAGACAACAACUUUGAGCAGCAGGGAGGUUUUUACAAUCAAAAUGACCAGAACUUUGAUGGUAGUGAUCCGCCAGCACCGAGCAGCUCGUACCUGUUAAUCACUAACUUACGGACACAACUGCAGAUCUCACUGGAGAAAAAUUCAUGGCUGCAGAAGCGCAUUGAGGACCUGGAGGAGGAGAGGGACUUCCUGCGCUGCCAGCUCGAUCGGUUCAUCUUCUCAACCAAGAGUCAGGAAAGCAACGGCCAUGAUUCCAGGAGUUUUUCUUGGAGAAGGAGAAGAGAAAAUGAUCGGGAUCAACAAGCAGAGAGCCAGCGGCCAGCAAACCGCCAGUCAUUCCAGCAGAGGCCAACCCAACAGACUUCCGCCAAUUCCAAGGCCUUGAGCUCUGUUCCUGGUCCAGUCAGUGCUCAGAUCAAUUCCAUGUUUGGACCCCCCCACACUCAGCCUCUCUUACAGGGCCACGGUGGCGGCAGCACCAGCAGCAGCUGCAGUAGCAACAACAGAUCGCUCAAUGAACUGCAAGAAUCCCUCUCUCUUCUGGGAGAUGAAGAAGAGGAUGACUAUCUUGAGGAUAGCUACUUGGAGGAAGAGGAAAUGAUGUCAGGAGAGGAUGUGAUAACAGACAACAUGUCACUUCGGAAUAUCGGCGCGGCUGGAAGACCCUCCGCCAGUCAUCCAGCUCUGAAGAGAAGGAGGGUUUUCAGAAUCGCCAGAGGGAGAGAAAGACAGAGAGUGAAAGACGCAGCAGGUGUAUUGUUCCGCUAUAAAAAGAUCCUGGUGACAUACCAGAGGCUAAAGAAUAUGUCCAAGGCCUUCCAGAUCCACGGUGUAGAUCGUAAUACGGUGGCCUCGACCACACCCAUUGCUGAGCUUCUGCUGGUGGCUCCAGAGAAGGUGGCCGAGGUGGGUGAGUUUGACCCGUCUAAAGAAAAGCUUCUGGACUACGCCCGACGCUGUUACAUCGCCCUCGACCCACAGACUCUCAGCAAAGUGCAAGCUCUGAAGAAGAACAACCUCCUCCUACCCAUCUCAUACAGGUUGAAAGGAACGGAUAAUCGAUAAUUGGAGGAAUUAGUGGAGUGAUUCUCAUCCUGCUGUACAGUGAAACCCCUUCACUGUAUUUUAAUGUACCAUAGUACACACAUAUACCAUCUCAACCUCCACAUUGUGCUGUUCAGAUCCACUGUGCUCUGAACCAAGUCUACUAUUACCUCUGUUUACUCACUCAUAGAGCUAGAUGCUCACACUGGGCUGCACACUUAUGCUUUCAGGUUUGCUAUUUUGGAAGAGUACUUGGUUCUCCAACCCAUUUUACCCAUAUGUUUCAUAAUGGAAUUCAUAGUAUCUGUUCUGAUUGAUUGUUGCUACGGUUGAAGCUAGGGAUGCUCGACGAUCGAUUAUUUGUCAAUAAUAAUUUAAUCGAUAAAACUUAUUGAUGGUUGAUUAGGCAAGGUCACCAUUACAGUGCGUAGUUUUGAAGUGCAAGCGGCUUAUGCGCAAAACACUACACUACUUCAAAGACACAAGGAAAAAUGAAGCGAGUGUGCCAUAAUUACGUAUUCUAAGUGUAUUAAUAUCUCCAAGCCAUGCAAUGGAAUAGACAGGCUAGAUGUUUAUUUCGAAACAUAAUUAACCAAGGGUCCAAAUAACCCUCCAAACAAGUGAUUUUAAUGAACAUAAGAACUACUCUUCCAGCUGUGCGCUCCUAUUCUAUGGCGCAUGGUAAAUCAAGACCUGUUAAUCUGAGCGAUCAAUCCAAUCCAAGUGCGCUCCAGCUGUAAAACGUUGUCUCUAAACAACGUCUCUACCCACCCACCAACCCGAGAUCCAGUUUCCAUUGGUUGAAUUUCAAAUGACGUUUGACAAAUGAAAACACUGCGUCAUGAUCACAACUCGAUCGAAACCCGAAAGUCUUAUAGCUUUAGCCAAGCAGCAUGUCAAGUCACUCCGUGAUCUACACAUUGUCUUAUGUGGCGCAAAAGCAUCAUGUGUAUGCUGUUUACACAUGCGCCGACGGCUCUUUUAAAUACAAAUACUUGGUAUAGUUUGGCCUCUAACUGAAAGAAAUAUGUUUGUUGUAUUCUGCUUGUUGAGACCUUUACAGAGAUAUGACAGAAAUCUAUCUGUUAUGUACGAUGAUUUUACAGAUCACAUUUUCGUGUAAAGCAGUUAUUUUUUCACGAUAUGAAAAUAGAGCACUUCUAAUAUGUCAGCAAAUUUAAAAGCAUUUGUUAAGUGAUGGUCAUAUUCCCUAUAUUCACUGUAAAGCCAAGCUUUUAGGCUUUAAAACAACAUCUGUUUAGUGUUAGUUAAGCAAGUGAUUGUUAAGUAAUGUGAUAACUUAGCCCCCUGCUUCGGAUUUAAGAGUAUUAGGUUAAUGAUUAAUCAAAUAAUUAAUUUAAACGAUUGAUUAUGAGAAUUCAUGUAAAUUGACAUCCCUAGUUAAAGCUGAAGAAAUUCACUUCAGUUAAACCUCAAACUGAAAUGUGUAGUGACGAGAUCAGCCCUCUGUGCUGUGCAGCUCUAUAGCAGCAGACCUAUGUGUUGCUCAGAGGUUCUCUGUUGGGUCAUGACAUUUGAAAUGUUGGUUUUACUAAGAAGCGGUGCACUCACAGACCAGUGCACUCCUUCUGUUUUAACACUGUGCUACUCUACACAAGCGGCACCUGUAUGUUCUCAUUAGAAGCCCAUUGGAUUUGAUUUGUGGAGUGUUUGUGCAUGUGUCUCCCUUAAUCAAGCCCUGACUCCUAUUAGACGACACUGACUGUUCAGCAUGUGAAAAGUUUAUAUAGUGUAAAUCAGUGAUAAUACAUGUUAAAACAGUUGGUAAUAGUUCUGGUCUAGUCUAGUACCGCGUAGUGCAGACGAUAAUGAUGUGUGAGGAGUUGAGUGAGUGCAUGAGUGAGUUCCUGUCUUACCUGGUGCUGAAGUUCUCAUGAGUGUGUGCGUCUUUGAGAUUGUUUGUCAAAUUCACUCUGUAUGUCUGGAUGAGCUUGAGAUUAGACUAUUCAUGGCUCCUUUGAGCACAUAUUUAAACCUCCAAGUGGCUAAAAAAAACAGCAAGUUUCUCUUUCUCUUCCUAACCACCAGACAGUGUUUUCAGGAACACUUCAAUAAGUUUCAGUUUGUUAACAUUAUUUAAUUAUAACAAGCUAAAAAUUAAGAAUUUUUAUAGCAUUUAUUAAUGUAGGUUAAUGUUAACUUAGGAAUACACUUUUUUCAUUGUUAAUUUUUGUUCAUAGUACAUUAAUUAUUAAUUAUACACAUUAACAUGAAAUGUUGUACUGUGUUUUGGACAUGGUGACAGCGCACUACUAACACAACUCAACCAGGACUCGCACCUUUAUUUUGCGUAUGCCUUGGGGGGGAAUUAUUUAAAUGAGGAAUAUUGUGACGUGUACGUUCCCAGAAGAAACCUCAAGACUACAAUCGAGGCGUUUCAGGGAGUUCAGAAACGCACUUACUGAUAAAGAGAAUAAUUCCCUUUGGAGUGACUUUGUGCUUUGUAACUUUGCAGAUCUUUUUCAUGCUUAAAGGGUUAGUUCACACAAAAAUUAAAAUUCUGUCAUUUAUUACUCACCCUCAUGUUGUUCCACACCCGUAAGGCCUUCAUUCAUCUUCGGAACACAAAUUAAGAUAUUUUUGAUAAAAUCCGAUGGCUCAGUGAGGCCUGCAUUGCCAGCAAGACAAUUACCACUUUCAAUGUCCAGAAAGCUACUAAAGACAUAUUUAAAACAGUUCAUGUGACUACAGUGGUUCAACCUUAAUGUUAUGAAGCGACGAGAAUAAUACUUUUUGAGCGCCAAAAAAACAAAAUAACGACUUUUCAACAAUAUCUAGUGAUGGGUGAUUUCAAAACACUGCUUCAUGAAGCUUCGAAGCUUUACAAAUAUUUUGUUUCGAAUCAGUGGCUCAGAGCAUGUAUCAAACUGCCAAAGUCACGCCCCCCAGUGGUAAACCAUUGAAAUUUGGAAACACUUAUGACAUAACAAAGCCUCGUUUACUGAAAUCACGUGACUUUGGCAGUUUGAUACACGCUCUGAACCACUGAUUCAAAACAAAAGAUUUGUAAAGCUUCAUGAAGCAUUGUUUUGAAAUCGCCCAUCACUAGAUAUUGUUGAAUAAAGUCGUUAUUUUAGGGGUUUGUGGCGCUCAAAGUAUUCUCGUUGCUUUGUAACAUUAAGGUUGAACCACUGUAGUCACAUGAACCGUUUUAAAUAUGUCUUUAGUAGCUUUCUGGGCAUCUAAAAGUGUUAAUUUUCUUGCUGUCAAUGCAGGCCUCACUGAGCCAUUGGAUUUUAUGAAAAAUAUCUUAAUUUGUGUUCUGAAGAUGAACGAAGGUCUUACGGGUGUGGAACGACAUGAGGGUGAGUAAUAAAUGACAGAAUUUUCAUUUUUGGGGGAACUAACCCUUUAAACAGCAACAUAACACACUAAAGAAAGUUGAAAAUGUAAAAAAAAAAAAGCAUAAUUAAAAAAAAUUCCAUUGUUAGCUCAUGAAACAUAAUGUAUUAACUAAUGUUAACAAAUUGAACCUAAUCGUAAAGUGUUAUGUUGUUCACAUUAUCUUGUACUUUUAAUGUAAUUUUACUCUCUGCAACCUUUGAUUACGGGUCAGGGCUCAAGUAGAUUUCAGUUUUGCCUCAGGAACCAAUAAUUUGUGGAUAUUUCAAGUACAAUUCAGUUGAUCAUAAAUCCAUUUCAUGUUUUUUUUUUUUGUUGUUGUUGUUGUGUUUUCUCCAUGUAGCCAUGAAACUGUUUAUGGUCUGGUCUUUUCUUGUCAUGAGAGAAACAUUUAUGAAAUGAAUUCGUAUUGAUUCUUCAUAUUGUAAAUGACACUAAAGCAUUUGAUUUCUUACUGAA